AUGGCACCUACGAAACCAAAGAAAAGUCCCCAGUCGGGGGACAAGAAAAUGACGUUGAAGCGUGUCAAGGGAGAAAACUUCUACCGAGAUGCCAAGUCUGCAGCACGGGUCAAGAUGCUCAACGGUGGUAAAGCCGUGCGAGACCGAGACGGCAAGAUCAUCAAGGCUGCUGCGUUUCAAAAGGGAGAGGAUGAGACUAAGCCGGGAAGAGUACAGCCUGAUAGGAGAUGGUUUGGAAAUACGAGGGUCAUAUCCCAGAAUGCCCUGGAUCACUUUAGAACGUCUUUGGCGGAGAAAAAGGAUGAUCCAUAUUCGGUCUUAUUGAAGAGGAACAAGCUACCGAUGGCACUCUUGGAUGAUGCGGCCAAGGGAACCAAGCGCCCUCAAAUAGUAGACACCGAACCAUUCGGCGAUACAUUCGGCCCCAAAGCUCAGCGAAAACGGCCCCGCUUAGACGCAUCCAUUGCAUCUUUCCAGGACUUGGCGAUUGCUAGUGCAGACGGACCCGCAGAAGGAACAGCUGAAGCAUCCGAACUCCCUGUUCUGGCCACCAUACCAUACAUCGAAGCAGAUGUUGAAGCGGACGAAGCUACGCAUGGGAUAUACCAAGAGCCUAUAUAUGCCAAAGGGACUUCGCGACGAAUUUACGGAGAGUUGUACAAGGUAUUGGAUAGUAGCGAUGUGGUUAUUCAUGUUUUGGAUGCGAGAGACCCAUUGGGGACUAUGUGCAAAUCCGUUACGGACUACCUGCGAAAAGAAAAGUCACAUAAACAAGUGGUUUUGCUUCUCAAUAAAUGUGAUUUGGUGCCCACCUGGGUGACGGCAAGAUACGUAUCCCUUUUGUCCAAAACAUACCCUACACUCGCCUUUCACGCAAGCCUCACACACUCUUUUGGCAAAGGUCAGUCGGACCUUGCUCCGUCUAAUCGCGGUUAUGCUUAUCUGAAUGUCUUGAACAGGCUCUCUCAUUCAACUCCUUCGCCAAUUCUCAACCUGCACUCGGACAAGAAACAGAUUUCCGUUGGGUUUAUCGGUUAUCCAAAUGUUGGCAAAUCCUCUGUCAUCAACUGCCUGAAAAAGGGACGAGUAUGCAGGGUGGCACCUAUCCCGGGGGAAACCAAAGUGUGGCAAUACAUCACACUCAUGCGCCGGAUUUACCUCAUCGACUGUCCCGGUAUCGUCCCAGUCUCUGCCAAAGAUUCGCAAACAGACACAGUACUCAAGGGCGUUGUCCGCGUCGAGAAUCUGCCCACUCCCUCGGAACAUAUCCCAGCUCUUUUAGAUCGUGUACGCACCGUUUAUCUGGAGCGAACGUAUGAUGUCCAUCUUCGUGAUACCGCCACCGAGGAAGAAAAAGUCGAAGGGAAGAAACACGAGCCCAAAUGGGACGCCGACGAAUUUCUCGAUGCGCUCGCUCGGAAAUCGGGAAAGCUAUUAAAGGGUGGAGAACCGGAUCGGGAGACGAUUGCGAAGAUGGUGUUGAACGAUUGGAUCCGGGGCAAGAUUCCGUUCUUUGUUCGACCCCCCGAUGCGGAUGCCCCGAGGGAAGAGGGGAAGGAGGAAAAGAGCAGGCUGAAGGUUGGAGGGAUCUUGGUUAGGAAUGCCUUUGAGGGAGAGGAUGCGGAUGUUAAGAGGGCAGGAGGCGACCAUCCUCAGGAGGAAGAUGAGGAGGAUGCGGAUGGAGAGGGCUCUGUUGAUGCCGAGGGCGAAGAAGAGGAAGACGAAGAAGAAAGUGAAGAGGAGGAAGAGAGUGAAGAGAGUGAAGAGGAAGAUGAAGCGGAGUUAGCUUGGGAAGACGUUUUCCCGACUGAAGCGCCUGCUCAUGCAGCUGAGUCUGAGUCUGAGUCUGAAGCUAGUGAACUAGAGAAAGCUCCAGCACCGCAGAAGAAUAAGGGCAAGGGCAAAGCUCCCGCUCCAGCGCACGAAGAAAAAGAUUCGGAUAAUCCAGUCCGCAAGAAAGACCCAAGAAUGACUACAAAUAAGAAAAAAGCGACGAAUUUCUUUACUACUGCAAACGUCAAGAACCGAAACCGGGAUCGCAAGACUCCCAAGGCACCAGGUUCAAAGGCUGCGCGACACCAAGCACACGAAAACCCGACGAUCGUGUGGUCGAUUGCGAUUGGCGCAGCGGGACCUUUGGCUGUUGUUGUUGUCCCGCCUGUACGGAGGAGAUUCGGAUGGGUACCUGAUGAGAGAAUUCCUACCAGCUAUCCUUUACCCAAUCGGGCGAGGUCGACUGUUACAGGGUACGAUGAUCCCCAGUAG